UUUUUUUUUUUUUGUCCUCUCUUUUUUCCCCCUUCCCCUCCUUUAUUUUUCUUGUUUACCUCUUUUUUAUUAUUAUUAUCAUUAUUAUUAUUUUUGCUUCUCUUUCUCCCUAAAACCUUGUAUGUUCAUGUCAUAAAUCAAGCAUCGAAUAUCUUGCCCCAACCCCCUCACAUUUCCCCUUUCAGUUUUACAUUUAUACAUUGUAAUAAUGAAACUAUUUCGUUCGCGUAUCGCUAUGUCUGUUGAUACUGACAUAGAAAUAAAAUCACACAUGCCAUCUAAUAAUAAAACAAAGCCUUUUUUAUUCGAAUUUCGAUCAAGCAAUAUUUUUGUAUUUUCAACAGCUGCAAUUGGAUUAUUUACUAGCACAUUUGUACACUCAAUUUUGUUUCCUUUAUCACCGUUCAUUGUUGCUCGUAUAAGGAACUUGGAUAAAGAAUGGAUAGAUCAUUCAAAAUCAAGUGCUAUUACAGAAAAUAUAGAAAUGACUUCACGAGAUACAGGUGUACUAGUUGCUCUUUAUGCUGUUGGACUAUUAAUUGGGUCACCUAUAUUUGGAUGGUUAGGUGAUCGAAUAAAACAACGAAGAUUACCUAUGCUAUUAGGUACAACCGCAUCAAUAGCUGCCAAUGUAUUAUUUAUGUUGAGUACAUCCUACAUGAUGUUACUAGUGGCUCGUAUUUUACAAGGCAUAUCUAAUGCUUGUGUUUGGACAAUGUGUUUAUGUCUUAUAGCGGAUAACUGGCCUAGAGAACAACUAGGAACACAAAUGGGUAAACUUAUUGGCUUUUAUCCAUUAGGCAUGAUGGUAGGAUUACCAGCUGGAGUAUUAUAUAGUGAAAUUGGUUAUGAAGCACCCUUUAUUGCAUCUAUGAUUCUUAGCGGCCUUGAUCUUAUUAUGCGUUUAAUUAUUAUUGAACGUUCAAGUUCACCUAAGGAAUGGUUUGAGUCAAGUCAUGAUGAUGUUAGCAAAACUGUCGAAAAUGAACUACCAAAAAAAUCUAUAACAUGGCUCCAGCUCUUAAAACAACCAAGAUUGAUUGUUUCUCUAGCUUUGACUAUUAUAGUAGCGACUGUUAUGAGCUCGUUUGAACCUACGUUAUCAAUGCGCUUAGCAGAAGAAUGGCAAUUUAAUGCGGCUGGUUGUAGUUUAAUUGUAUUAGCUUAUAUGAUACCCUCUAUUAUUGCAAAUGCUAUUUGUGGCUGGUUAUGUGACCAAUAUGGAACUAAGAUUGUUGCACUUGUUUCCUUACUUAUCUCUACCCCUUUUUGUUUUUUGAUUGGCUUCCCAAGUCAGGAAAGAGGAUCAUUUUGGCCAUUAAUCCCUAUACUCAUUAUGGGUGGGAUCACGAUUGCGGGUUGUCAAGCUCCUGUUUUUCCGGAAAUUGCUAAAGUUGUUGAUAAAGAAAAUGGGAAUUCUGUUUCAUCAGAUGGACUAGCAAGAAGUUAUUCACUAUUUAACGCAGCUUAUGGUGUUGGCAUGUGUAUAGGCCCUUUGAUGGGAGGCUAUUUAUAUGCCAGUGUGGGAUUCUUUUGGCUAUGUGCUAUAUUGAGUACAUUUUUCUUUUGUUUCUUACCUUUAGCCUAUUUCUAUAUUGGGGAUGAUCACCGUUUGAUUUUAAGAAAACCUUACAACCAUAGUAAUACCAGAAGGUUCGAUAGUUUCUACGGCAACAACAAUUCAUUUUCCUGAGGCAGUUAAAAGAAAUAUGUAAAUCACAUGAUUUUUCCCUGUUGUAAUUUUAUUAAAAGAAAAA